AAAAACUUAACAAAAAUUGCUCAAAGAAAAAUGUAUGAAGAGAACACAGUGUUUGAUCAAACCUGCAAUUUGCACGAAGGAGAUGGAUUUCCUCAAUCCCAAAACCCUAAUUUCCCGAUUCACGACCAGCACGAACCCUCGGCGGCGGCCGCCGCCAUCUCCGCCAUGGAAAUGGAGUUUCAGAACCAGAUCGCCGUGGAGAUGGAGCACUGCUACACCACCGCCGCUAGCACCGCCGAGAUCCAGCAGAUCGUGCAGGAGAUGAGCGGCUUCGGCGCCGACUACUCCCAAAACGGCCACUUCGCCGCCGCCUCCUCCACCGCACACCACGACCUGCUCAACAUUUUCCCACCACCUCCGCCGUCGAUCUGCUCUACCUUCUCCGGCCCGACCCACCGGAAAUCCCCCAGCUUCCUUGCCUCGCUCGGGCUCCUGGGGGACCUCAACAACCCGACUGCCGACGUAUCGGGGCCCGGCGGCGCGUACGACUCACUGCCCUUAAAUCUGCCCCCGCAGCCGCCGAUGCUCAGGGAUCUGUUCCAUUCCGGCGCCGCCGGAUCUUUCUUCGGUGGGGUGGUGGACGAGAGGGAUAUUGGGGGCGGCGGCGGAGGGGUUUUUUACCCGUCCGGCGAAAAUGGGGUCUUUGAGUUCGCUGCCGCCGGUGAGAUUGAUUGUCUGGGUAAAAACCGAGACGGCAAAGGGGACACAAAGCAUUUUGCGACGGAGAGGCAUAGAAGGGUGCUUUUGAACGACAAAUAUCAAGCUCUCAGAAAAUUGGUUGCUAAUCCCACUAAGAACGACCGAGCCUCGAUUGUCGGGGACGCGAUCGACUACAUAAACGAGCUGAAAAGAUCAGUGGCGGAGCUGAAGCUUCUUGUGGAGAAAAAGAGGUGUGCUAGAGAAAGGCUGAAGAGGCUCAAAACAGAAGAAAAUCACAAUCAUGCCAAUAAUAAUAAUAAUAGCAACGAUAACAACAAUACAGAGAAUGAUUCAAAGCCACUUCUCGACUUGGAUCAUCCUUGCAAUGGGUCGGGUCUUAGAAGUUCGUGGCUGCACAGGAAAUCCAAGAACACUGAAGUUGAUGUUCGGAUCAUAGAUGACGAGGUUACGGUUAAGGUUGUUCAGCAGAAGAGGAUAAAUUGUCUGCUUUUCGUGUCAAAGGUUUUAGACGAGCUUCAACUCGAUUUGCAUCAUGUUGCCGGUGGGCUUAUCGGUGAUUAUUACAGCUUCUUGUUUAACUCCAAGAUUUGUGAAGGUUCAAUUGUGUAUGCAAGUGCCAUAGCUAACAAGCUUAUUGAAGUUGUGGAUAAACAUUAUGCAGCAGCUGCUCCACCAACAAACAGUUAUUAGAUCAACAUUGGAGGCCCCUUUCUCUCACAUAUAUAUGUAGACGGUUAAGUGUUACCAGUACUGAUUUACGAGCAGUAACAUCAACUAGGGUUUAUUGUUAUUUCAUGAAGAUUGUCCCAUAUUUCAUAAGAAAUUUUAUGAGGAGAACCAAAAAAUUUGACUGUUGCAGAAUUUAUAUAUUUAUUUUCCAAAUUUCAGCAUUAUUUGUUUCUUAUAAUGCCCUGACUGUGCAAUUCAUUAAUACCUAUGCCGGAAAGGACAAGUUCAAAAAAAAGAGAGAGAUAGUGAAGUAAAAAGGUUAUCCUACUGCAGCAGACAAUUUUACUGAAAAGUGG